AGUUCAAAUCGACUGCACGUGCAGGGCCUUCGUACUGAAAGGGUUAACGACGUCUCCACGAAGCCCCGCCCCCUGAUUGUUGAGGCUGCUGUACCUCACAAAUCACACCACUCCAGGUCCCGCCUCCCCCUGGGCCCCUCGGCCCCGCCCACUCUGGACCACAUUGAAAUGAGCUCCGAUGUUGUCAAACAUUACAGUGUGUGGAGCAGAGCAGAGCACGAGCAUCACCGACGGAUCUACGAGCACGAGCGCGAGCACGAGCGCCAUCUACAGCAGCAGUAACAGCAGCAGCAGUAACAGCAGCAGCAGUAUUCUUUUACACCGACACUGCCAGAACACACACACACACACACACACACCGGAGAGCGGACAGAUCUGUGCGUAAAAUCCAUGGACCGGCCGUGUUACGCGCCUCUCCUCCUCCUCCUCCUCCUCCUCCUCUUCCUCUUCUCCUUCUUCCAGACAAACGCUCUGACGACCUGUGGAACCAAACAGUUCCAGUGUGGUAAUGGCAGAUGUGUGCCACAGAGCUGGGUGUGUGAUGGUACCGAUGACUGUGGGGAUGGAACCGAUGAACUUCCUGCUACCUGCUUGGCCAAAACGUGUGGAGCGUCAGAGUUCAGCUGCCACGACCGUCUCUACCACUGCAUCCCCAGCAGCUGGCGCUGUGACGGGAAGGCCGACUGUCAGAACGGAGCAGAUGAAGACAGCAGCUGUGAGCCCAAACGAUGCACCAGCAGUGAGUUCCGCUGCAGAGAUGGUCAGUGUUUGUCUUCGUCCUUCGUGUGUGACGACGAUGUCGACUGCGACGACGGCAGCGACGAGGCCGACUGCCCCCCCCUCACCUGCAGCUCCACGGCCUUCCAGUGCAACAACACCGCGUGUGUACCACGCCUGUGGGCGUGCGACGGCGACGCCGACUGCAAAGACGGCUCAGACGAGUGGCCGCAAACCUGUGGGAAAAAACCGCCGUCCUCUGCCGCCACGCGCCGCUGCUCCCCCCUGGAGUUCCUGUGCGGCAGCGGUGAGUGCAUCCACAGGACCUGGAGGUGUGACGGGGGGGCGGACUGUCUGGACGGGUCAGAUGAAGACGACUGUGCUCGUUCCACCUGUCGUCCAGAUGAGUUCCAAUGUUCCGACGGUUCUUGUGUCCACGGCAGCCGUCAGUGCGACCGUCAGUUUGACUGCAGCGACAGGAGCGAUGAGACGGACUGCGUCAAUGUGACCCAGUGUGACGGUCCGGCCCGGUUCAAGUGCCGCAGUGGGGAGUGUAUCAGCAUGGAGAAGGUGUGUGACAACCGUCGCGACUGCAGGGAUUGGUCGGAUGAGCCUCUGAAGCAGUGUGGUUCUAACGAAUGCCUCUUCAACAACGGCGGCUGUUCUCACAUCUGCAGAGACCUGAAGAUUGGCCACGAGUGUCUGUGUCCUGCUGGGUACUCUCUGUCUGAAGACAACGUCUGUCAGGAUAUCGACGAGUGCGCCGACCCAGACGCCUGCAGCCAGAUCUGCAUCAACCAGGCGGGCAGUUACAAGUGUGAAUGUGAGGAGGGGUACCAGGUCGACCCGGCGACCAAGACCUGCAAGGCUGUCGGUACUAUUGCCUACCUGUUGUUCACCAACCGUCAUGAAGUCAGAAAGAUGACCCUGGACAAGAGCGAGUACACCAGGGUCAUCCCCCGUCUGAAGAACGUGGUGGCUCUGGACAUGAACAUGGCCACCAAGGAGAUCUUCUGGUCGGACAUCUCCCAGAAGAAGAUCUACCGAGCUCGGCUGGACUCCGCCGAAGACUCGGCUCAGCACAGCGUGGUGAUCAGCAGCGACAUCGACGGCCCCGAAGGCCUCGCCUACGACUGGAUCCACCAGAACCUGUACUGGACGGACAGCAUUCGCAGCACCAUCUCCGUGGUAACCUCUGACGGCCGGCGUCGCAAAACCCUCUUCCAACAGGGCCUGUCCAAACCCCGGGCCAUCGUGGUCGACCCUCAGCACAACUUCAUCUUCUGGACCGACUGGGGAACUCCGGCCAAGAUUGAAAAGAGUGGUCUGAACGGAGGAGACCGCGCUGCUCUGGUCACCGACAACAUCGAGUGGCCCAACGGGAUAACGCUCGACCUGUUGAACCAGAGGAUCUACUGGGUGGACUCCAAGCUGCACACCCUGUCGAGUAUCGACGUGCAGGGGGGGGGGCGGCGGACCCUCAUCGUGGAUGAACACAAACUGGCUCAUCCACUGGGACUGACUGUGUUUGAGGAGAGAGUUUUCUGGACGGACGUCAGUAACAGCGCCAUCCUCAGUGCCAACAGACUGACAGGUGAAGACAUCGCCCCAGUGGCUGAACACCUGUCCUCACCCGAGGACAUCAUUCUCUACCACAACCUCAAACAACCUACAGGGAGGAACUGGUGUGCAGUGUCCAAUGGUGGCUGUGCGUUCAUGUGCCUGGCUGCCCCUCAAGUAGGAAGACACCCCCCCAAAUACACCUGUGUCUGCCCUGACGACAUGGUGUUGGCCCCAGACAUGAGGACCUGUGAACCUGCUGUAGCCACUGCCCCUCCUGUGCCAACAGUGCCACCUAGAACCCCACCCAGAACUACACCCAAGCCUCAGGUCCACACCAGCCCUGCGGUCCCCGUUACAGUCGACAGACCGGUGUCCACCAGGCCGAUGGUCCGAGUAACCACAGCUCUGCCCCGCACCACUACCCCCCCACCACCAGUGAAGUCCACUGUCCCCACCAGGAAGACCCCCACCAGGAAGACCCCCACCCUGUCCCCAGGUAAAUACAGUCCGACCUGAAGACAGCAUCGGUUU